UUUUGAACAAGGACGAAAGUUGAAACUCGAAGGUUAGAAAUUAGUGUUUAGUAAUUGACUGCAGACAGCAAAAAGUUGCAUUCUGUAAGACGUAACUGUAGCUUUCAUUUAUUCAGAGUAAAUUUAUAACCGCUCUACCGCGGAGAAAAUUCAAACCAUGCAGCAGCUAACAAUUUUCAUGGAUAUUGAAAGUUCUCGCUCGUAUAUCGAUGAAUUAUACUCUGCGGACGAGACGAAGAUUUUAGAGGCUCUAAUUGCGCUGAAGAAUUCAGUUAUAGGUAGUAACCGACAGAAGUCUUCAGUUAUUCAACAAGGCAUAGUACCAAGGCUGCUCCAGUUAAUGUCUGAGCAGAACUGGGAUCCUAAUAUUAGAUUGGAGGCCACUAUUACUAUUGGCUCCUUAGCAAAAGGCACAUCAGAUAAUGUUACUGCAUUAGUGGAACAAGGUGCUGCAGUGGCUCUUGUGGAGAUAUUAAAAGAUGUGCCAAUAGGAACAAAAUUGGCUGAAGCUAGCCUUUGUGCUUUAAGGAGUAUAUUUCUUAAUCCUCCUGCACCAAUAUCUGCCUUGCCAUCUGAGAUGAGACUUCUGUCACGGUUGACUCUCAAGAAAUUUGUUACAGAAAUAGCAAGAGAGGGUUCACCUACCGCACGUGCUUGUGUAGUUCGUAUACUAUCAAUAUGGUGUGGUGGUCCUAUAGAACAGGAAGCAUUAUGCGCUGCAGGUGCUUGUAAUGCAAUAGCAGCACUGCUGGCACCUAAAGGGACAUCACCACCACCCAUAGCCAGGGCCUUGCCAGCAUUGGAUUUGUUAGCUGCAAUGUGCUUUGAAAAUGCUAAUGUUUCUCAAGUUGCAUUAAACACUAGGUAUGGAGACAAAACAAUUCCUGAACUUUUGACUCUUCUAGUGUCAAGAGAUAAACCUUUGCCUGUAGCGAUGGGUGCUGCCCGUUGUCUCACUUUUAUACAUAGAGCAGGAGCAAUAACAGCUGAUGAUAGCAGAGUGGUAUUUGGAGCCCUGCCAUGCCUUGCUCGACUUUGUACCAAAGACAUGCCUGAAGACAUUAGAGCAACGGCGGCUGAAACUCUGGCGUAUUUGGCUGAAGUGGACACAUCACUCCAAAGACUAGCUGCGAUAUCAAAUCACCUCAUGAGCUCGCUCGCGGACAUAGUAAAUUGUCCGUCGCCAGCCGCGAAGCAGGGCGCUUUCAAAUGUUUCGCCUCACUCGGCGCAAACGCAGAGGAUAUUAGAAAAAGAAUUAUCGAAACGCAUGGUUUAAUGGUUCAUGUUGUUAACGGAAUGAAUAAUCCAGAACCUUCGGUAAGGUUAGCGGCGGUUCGAUGUCUCCAUUCUCUCUCCAGAUCCGUCCAACAGUUGAGAACUACAUUUCAGGAUCACUCAGUCUGGCGUCCCCUAAUGCAACUGUUAAGUGAAUCUCCAGGCACUGAACUCCUCACAGUUGGCUCUUCGACUCUCUGCAAUCUACUUCUGGAAUUCUCUCCUGCUAAGGAGCCCAUGUUAGAUCAAGGCGUCGUAGAGAUGCUUUGUAACCUCACCAAGAGGCCGGAAGCGGCGCUUCGUCUAAACGGAAUAUGGGCUCUUAUGAAUAUGGCUUUUCAGGCGGAACAAAAGGUGAAGCAGCGAAUAUUGAGCUGUCUGGGCACAGAACAAAUGUUUCGUCUCUUAGGUGAUAGUGAUACACGUGUUAUUAUGAAGACUUUAGGUUUAUUACGUAACUUGCUGUCGACGAGGCAACAUAUUGAUGCCAUUAUGAGCGAGUUUUCUUCGCAGGUCAUGCAGGCAGUGAUAGUGGUGUUAGAAGGCUCAUAUCCGGCGGAAGUGAAGGAACAAGCGUUAUGCAUACUCGGAAAUAUCGGAGAUGGAGAGAAAGCAAAGGAUUUUAUUAUGGCCAAUGAAGAUGUUCUCAGGAAGUUAGUGGAUUAUUUGGCGCAUCCAGAGAGCAAACUCCAAGAAGCGGCAUUGUUCGUUGCCGGCAAUUUGGUCUGGAAAGGCGAAGCCGGGUGUGCGGCUAGGCAAGCGAGGCUCGCGGAGUUGGGCGUUCUUCGGGCGCUUAAACUCCUGCGACAAAGGCCGGAUGCCGCACACCUGCAUGAUAAAGUCAAAACCGCACUGGCACAAUUCAACGAGUUGACAUAAGCUUUAUAUUGUGAAGUUUUCUUUCUCCCUGUUACUUAGUCAUCGAGUCAGACUAGUUUUAUUUUGACCUCUAGUACGUAAUUCAUUAAUAUAAUCUGUAGAACUGUCUUUCCUCUCAUUCUGUCAAAUUAUGAUAAUGCUGUGAUGAAAAGGGACGGUUCUAUAAUACAGAAUGUAUAUCUGAUUGAAGGUCGAAAUGAACACAACUAAAAGUUUAUUUUUAUUUUGGCUCUUGCCAAGAUGGGCUAAGGUCUUGUAUGGGCUGACUUCGUAUACAGUUUUAUACCUCCUACAGUUUAUUAGAGAAGUCAAUACAAUUCAUCCAUAUAUGUUAUGUAUACUUAAAACGUCGAUUAAGAUAUAGUGCAAAAUAUACAUUUAUAAAAACGUAGAUGAAAUAGCAAGAACAUUUCGUGUUUUGUUAUGUUUGAUAGUCUGUGCCUAAAGGGAACCGGAAUGGCGGUAAUGCCGACUAAUAUAAUUUUUAAUUUGGUAUUUUUUCAUUUAAUAAUUAAAUACUUUUGACUAAUGAUAAAAGUAUCAAGACUGUGGAAUUAUAAUGACAUAACAGUUAUGUUAACAUAACAACAAAGACUACUUAAAUUAGAAAAUAAAUGAGUCGUUUUAACUAAAAGAUAUUUAAUAGUGAUUAAUUUACUACGAUGUGAUUGUUUGUCUUUUAUGAAAGCAUAGAUCUUUUACCAUUGAGACAAUCCUUUGGGAUUUAACGUAACGUACUUUGUUACGAUUGCCUAAAGUAAUGUGAUGGAAAUCCUACAAAAAAUUAAUCUAUGACGAUAGUUUGAUUAUUAGUUCGUCUAGAUUAAAUCCGGUAUUGAUAAUUUUUACUCAUCAAUUCAGUGUUUUAAUGUAGUCAUCUCUUUUCAUCAAACCGUAAACAAUUUGUUAGAAUGAGACGAAAGAGUACUUCAGUUCAGAAUGGAAUUAGACUGUUUUUAAUGAAGAAACAAAUUUUUGAUUAUUAUAUCAAAUCAUUGGAUAUUUUUUUAAUUGCUAAGAAACUAGUGGUCAAUACUUACUGUACAUAGUUAAGUACUUGUUAACCGUUAGUUAUCUAUUUAUUAUAGUUAACGUUGAUUUGUUCGCUCAAUAUUUUGUCCUUAUAAAUACUCAGUAAAUUGUACACUAAUGCGUUUUAUUUUAAUUUUUCUUAUUACAAUGUGGAAGUAACCAUAGAGUAUCCUAGUCUAAAACCUCAUAUUCUGGGACUGGGGUAAAAUAUUAUUUAUAUAGGAAACGAAGUACACUUUUAAACGUCAAGAUCUGUCAAACGGUUGUUUCUUUUUAAAUAGACAAGAGAACUGCGAUGUUGACAUUAUGGGCCUACCACAUAUAACAUUUAUUUAAUUCAAAACAAUUUCUUUCAUCUGUUUGUUCUUUUCUCUUCUUAAAGAUAGGUUUUGUGAUUUUUUUUUUGUACUACAGAGAUAACUUGGAAUAGAUAAGUCCAAUUUGUGGUGUUUAUGGUGGAUCAGUGUUGCUACUAUAUAUUGUGUCAUUAAUUACGUUCUGGUUUGCUACAAUAAAUUCUAUAUUUGUCUAUUCCAUGAUUUAUUGUUGCCGUUAAAUUUUGCAGAAUAAAUAAUAAUAUUGUGUUAUUAGAAUACGAAAAUAGUGUUAAGUUUUUUAUAAUUUUUAUUUUGCAUAAUUUUUGCGGUAAUCCUCUGGUGUAAUUUAAAGAAAUGCUUGUACUUUUUCACUAAUGUAUAUAAAUGUCGCAGUAAAGUAGUUAAAUCAGAGAGUUAAUUGAAUCUCUAGAUGUUAAUUAAAGAUUCAAUGAAGUCGCUAAAGU